UAUAUUGUGUAACACCAUAAGACAAGUCUCACAUGUGUUUGGUCUGGGAAUGUUUAAGUCCCGUUGUAGUGUAAAGUCUGGGAAUGUACGUGUAACACUUGAAUUAUGGAGAAAGCAUCCUGCCGUUAGUUUAAUUUUCAAUUCAAAAUAUUUCAAAUAUACUGGUAAGUGUGCUGGCUAUAUAGCUAUAGCAUAGCUGACGUUCCUAACACUGUGUUGAGGAGAAGGGAAACCUUUAGGUGCUGUGGAAUAAUUUGCAGGAUUUAUGCUUUUCGUAAUGCCAGCUGACAUUUGAACCUGUUUUUCUCCACCUGAGUAAUACUGCAACAGUUAUGACAGGUGUGUGAUAUGCCUGGGCUGAGAUGACAGGUAGGGAAUAUCGCCACGCAGGGAUACACCUGACUCUACCAUUUAACACUGCCUAGUUCCUGUCUCAUUUACCGCCCUAUUUAGGACUGUCCAACGAUGUCCACUUUGUGAACAGUCAAUUGACCACUCCUGGAUCCAGGAUACAGGAAAUUUAGGACAAGUUUUCAGUGACCUGGUUAAAAUUUUCAUUGUGAUGCUAUGAACACCUGUGACAUUACAGGUAAGAAAUGUGGAGAUACAACGACUGUUUUAUUACCUCAAAGUUAACAUACGAUUUAUGAAUCUUUGAAAUUCAGCAUUACUAGUGUCUCGGGUGAAAAUUGGAAUUCUCCAGAUUUUCGGGGACUAAUUGCAAUUCUGUUCAUUACCUAUGUGUUAACCUGAAGAGUAUACCCGUGUUUCACCUGUGACGUACCUGUACCCGUGAUUAACCUUCGUACAGCUGACCAUUACAGUGAUGACUUGAGUGUCUAUUGUACGUAAGGUUAUCAGGUUACUAGUAAGAUUCCAGCCAGGUGAAAUGUCAUUGAUUUGUUGAUGUAGUGUGUUACACCUGUACUUUACCUGUGCAUGUAGACAAGUCGUCACAGAAGGUAUACAUGAAGACAGGUGUAUAAUGAUGAGGACAUGUGUGUGUAUAAUGAUUGUAUACAAACACUGGCGAGUCAGUGACAGGGUAGCUAUGUUAGGGGGUGGACCUACCCAACACCUGGCCAACUUUAUCUAACUCCUUAUAGCUGACCAUACGGGUCAGUGCUAAUUACAACUAGAUCAUUAACUAAUUAGUCAACUGGACAUGUGUGUGCUGUGACUGGUGACUGAGUUUCUACACCUGUUAUCUACUAUAGUGUGUAUAACUGCCUAUAGAGUGCUGAGGACGGGGACCUGUGACCGUGUGUAGAAGCCCCUGUGCUGUAUAAAUACUAAUCAUGGCACCAUUCCAGUGGAUUAAAUGUCUCUAACCUCAACAUGGCCUGAGGUCGGAAUCCACCAUUGUCAGCGAACUGUGUAUCGGACCUUGUUCAAUACCGUUUUACCUGGAUAAUCAAACGGACACAGAUUGGAGGGAGCUUUUCAUAUAUCAUGUCCUUACAUACCAGAUUUUCAUCAGUCCACGUCGGUCGUGGAUCGCUGGGGCAUGGUGAACUGUAAAUAAGUAUACCAUAUCGCCCUCUAAUGUUUCAUAAUCAUGUCAGGAGAUGAGUGAUUGUGUUUAAAUUUCUCACCAACAUAAUUGGAGCCGAUCCAUUUCCGUAUACAUGUGAUUAUUUGUUUAGUCAGAUAUCGGUGACGCAGACAAGUCAGUCAAGUGCUGACCCAGGGUUAAAAAAAUAUUGGAAUUUAGAAGAAAAAAUAUAUAUUGUCAGUGUUAACAUUAUGGAUAAAUGGUGCUGGUUGGUAAUAAGAGGUAUGUGAGAGCAUUGGAAGUAAGUGUGUGUAUUCUGUGUUGUAUGGAGAUAUCCACCGACACUGUACGUGAUAGAUGUCAUUCAGACCUGUGGUUGUGCAAUGAAAUUGCCCGUGAAAUGUGGAGAAUGUGAAAAAUCGUAAAAAGUGAAAAGUUCAAAAUUGUUUCUCCUUCUGCAUCGUAGAGUUUGUAAUGUAUUAAUGAUGUACAGAGAACAGCAGUUCAGAGAAGUUCUUUGUCGGGUUAAUGUUCACGUCGGAUUAAUGUGAUUCGGGAAUUAAUGUAUGGGAUAUGCUCCACAUCGACAGGAUUUCUGGUGACACAAUGAAAUUUUUGGAUUCAGUGUAUCGUACAUGGUUGGUGGUAAAUUUAUGAUGCUCAAGCAAAAAUGAAAAAGAAAAUGGUAUCAUAGCAUUUCUCAUCAAUGUCAAGCUUCUGAGUGAGGGAGAAUGAGUUCGGAUCGAUCCCCCUCUGAAGAACUCAACGGAGACCUUUGGUCAUCACCGUUAAUGCACUACACAUCGCCGUUUGAUGACUUCAAGGAAUUGUUUGAAGACAUCGAUGAAAAUGACAAUGUCUUCCAGUUUCCAGAAACACCCAAGACGUCCAAAUUAAAGACACCAAGCCGGGGAAGCACCACUGACGAUGAGCUCGACUUCGGCCGACCGUCCUCCUACCGCAGCAGCGGCCAGACCAAGCGCAGCACUAGCUCCUCCACCAUACCCAGAGCUCCAAGCAGAGGGCCAUCCGAUUGUGAUGACAAUGAAUUUGCACGGCCUCUAUCCACCAAAGUCCCGCAGGCCAAGAAGACAAGUAGCAGUGGCCUGGCCUCAGGGAGAAAGACGCCCAGCGCCUCAGCUGUGACGCUGCGACGCCGCCGAUCCAUUUCUAGCACAGGGGCGUCGGGAGCGGGCGGGGUAGAUGAGGACUACUUCAUGAAGUCCUUUGAAGAUGUACCCAAAAUACAGUUGUUUUCCUCAAGGGAUCUCAAUGAUCACAUAACGAAAAUCCGGGACAUGCUCUCCGACCCGAACACAGCCUGGGAAAAACGCCUUGAUAUGAUGAAGACGUUUCGUGGAGUAAUGAUCGCAGGUGGUGCACAACACGACGACUUCUUAACCCAGCUGAGGACGUUAGAACCAUGCAUGUCCUUGGCAAUCAAAGACCUCCGCUCCCAGAUUGUUCGCGAGGCUUGUGUCACGAUGGCGUAUCUGUCUCAACAGUUAGGCAAUAGAUUGGAUCACUUUUGCGAGACACAGCUACCCCAUCUCAUCGCCCUCAUACCUAACAGUGCCAAGGUUAUGGCCUCCUCCGGCAUUAUUUGUAUCCGUUUUAUCAUACAGUACACACAUUCUUAUAGACUGAUACCUAUCAUCACGGGUAAUCUCACCUCAAAGUCAAAUAUCAUCAGGCGGUUUUGCUGCGAGCUCGUGAACCAGGUGCUCCACAACUGGCCAACGCACGUCCUGGAGAAACAUAUAGCCAACCUACAGGACGCCAUCAAACGGGGAAUCAGUGAUCCUGACAGUGACGCCAGGGCCUUCGCCCGCAAGGCUUUCUGGGGCUUUGCCGAGCAUUUUAAGGACCAAGCUGAUGCCCUUCUCAAUGCUCUGGAGCCAGCCAAACAGAAGAUGUUACAAGGCGAGCUCAGCGGCUCCUCAAGUAAUAAUUCAUUGAACAGUGCCGAGGGACUGCGCAUCAAGUCACGGCCGCGGUCCGCCAGUCAGGACCGCGGGUUUGACUCAAGCACACUUGGGCGGAUAGGAAAGAAAAAGCAUUCCAGAGUGAGUUCGGCCCGCAGUGAGACAGGAGCAGCUGACCUUGACACCCCCAUACGCAGUAGCAGUAGGUCGUCAAAUACACCUAAGGACAGAAUCAUGAGGUCAAGCAGUGCCGUUGACCUAGCCAAUGGACGUAUGAGUCCGAGUCCGUAUGGACGGACAUCUCCGAGUCCAUAUGGGCGCACGAGUCCAGGCCCUUAUUCAAUCGCAGCCACGAGUUCAGGAUACUCAACGUAUACGCCACGGCGCCGCACGCCGGCGCAGGUUGCGGCUCUGUCGCGGAUGACAGCCGGUGCCACAAGUUCACUUCCACGACAGAAAAGCUCCGCUUCGAGUGUGUUAUCUCCUCCCGAACGAAGCAGAACCCGCGGACGAACUACAACCUCCUCGCAAUCUCAACCCAACAGUCGUUCUGGAUCCCCCUCGUCCCGUCUGAGUUACCUCACACAUACAACGGGCCGGGCAGAGUCCACCAUGACCCCUGGGCGUCCACGAAGGUCCGCGAUGGUCCGGAGUCAAGGGGCAAGUCGAGAGGGAAGCCCCACCCGCAUGAACUUACAGCCAGGUCGUGAGAGGAGGCUUAGCGGCAGUAAGUUGUCUACAACUAAAGCUGGCAAAGGAGGCAAUGUGAUGGCCCAGAGGUUGCUUCGCCCAGGAGCAGAGCUGGAGGACGCCAUGGCCGACGCCCUGUCGCCAAGGGGAGAGCACCCAAAGCACAUAGGUCCCAUGCGGAGGCGUUAUGACACGUACGACUCCGACGACGCGGCCAGUGAAACAUCCAGUGUUUGCUCAGAGCGAUCCUAUAGCUCGCUGGGACGGACUUCCGAGGCGUCAUCCACUGAGUUUGACAAGUGGUACUAUCGACUGCCGACACCCACACAGUCGACCAAUAAGGAUCAGGGUACUUGUAGUUCCUCCUCCACUCCCCCUCCCAACCUACUGGACAUACAGGACACAGCUGAAAUCAUUACCCUCAUAGGAAGUGGUUCCUACACUGACAGGAAGGAAGGUCUCAUAGCUCUACAGCAUCUCCUGAGGGCACACCGAUAUCUAAAUCGUGUGGAGCUAAGAAAAGUGACAGAAGUGUUUGCCCGGAUGUUCCAUGAUCCUCACAGCAAAGUGCUGAGUCUAUUUUUAGACACUCUAGUAGAUCUGAUGAAUGUACAUUCUCGUGACCUGACGGACCAGCUGUACAUGAUAAUGACACGCCUCCUCAUGAAGACCGGCGCAGACAUGCUCGGCUCCGUCCAGGCCAAAGUUGUCCGGGCACUCGAGGGAGUCAGGGAAAACUUUCCAUGUGAUCAACAGUUCAGCAUUUUAACGAAGCUACUUAUCGAUCAAACUCAGUCUCCUAACCUCAAGCCAAAGGUUAAGACCAGCAUCCUCCAUUACAUGCAUGGCCUGGUGGCCGACAUGGACCCAUCAGACUUCAUGAAUUCCACAGACACACGACUCGCCUUAUCUAGGAUAAUCAACUUCACCACGGAACCAAAGAGUGCUGACGUCCGAAAGGGGGCGCAAGCUGUUCUCAUAGCAUUGUUUAACUUAAACCCUCCAGAAUUCUCUGUUAUGUUGUCCCUGCUACCUAAAGCAUUCCAGGAUAGUGCCACUAAGAUUUUACAUAACCACAUCCGUACGGCGAGUCAUGGACAUGAAAGUGACGUCCUGUCACCGAGAAACGUUACCAGUCCUCCCAAAAACAGGAGUCGCCCUCCCUCAAGGGGUGGACACCGGGACGAGAUGGAGACCGAGAACAUGAACCCUGAGGAUAUUUAUGAUUCCAUUAAAAAGACUUCCGCUGACAUUCAGAAUCUUAGUUUUAAUAGUAAAUUAGAAAAUUAUGAGGAUGUAAGGAAGAAACGAGAAUUCACGUCUCAGGAUAGUGGUAUUCAGGAUUUACGCAAUGACAGUCCGGAUGCCGCAGACACGAGAAAGGGCCAGUACAACCCCUCACACUACCAGGAUGAAGGUACAUUAAAUGGUUAUAACAAGUCAAGAUUAGCAGAUACAGAAUUUGAGGAUAGUGAAAUGUUUAACGAAGAUCCCUGGAAAGCAUUGCUCGGUAUAUCAAGUACCAGCACCGAUGAAUGCUCAGAAAACGAUAUUAUAUCAGACAUCCUCACUGAGUUAUCUAAUCAUAAUGAAAGAAAUGACCAGCGUAAGAAUGCCAUGCUGUCUCUGAUCAAACUCACCAGGGAAGGCACCUUUGGUCUGUGGGACGAACACUUCAAAACGAUCUUACUGAUUCUGCUGGAGACGUUAGGAGACAAUGAUGGUCAAGUGAGAGCCUUAGCACUACGGGUAUUACGAGAAAUCUUACGGAAUCAGCCGCAGCGAUUUAGAGAUUAUGCAGAGUUGACGACUCUCCGGAUACUAGAGGCACACAAGGAUUCAGUGAGAGAGGUGGUACGGUCAGCAGAGGAGUGUGCGGACACACUAGCCAACUACAUCGCUCCAGAACAGAGUGUGCGCAUUCUCAACCCCAUCAUACAGACGGCACAAUUCCCCAUCAACCUCGCUGCAAUCAAAAUGCAGAACAAGGUGAUAGAACUGUUACCCAAGGAGGCGGUGGAGACGAUGAUGGGAGAGAUGAUCCCGGGCCUGCUGAGGGGCUACGAUGAUCAACAAAGUACAGUGAGGAAGGCUGCCGUGUUCUGUCUGGUGUCAAUAUAUCUCACUGUAGGGGAAGUCAUCUGGAACCACCUCACCAAACUCAACUAUAGCAAGCUUAAACUGUUAAACCUAUACAUCAAGCGGGCCCAGCAGAAAGAUUCGGAGAAGAAGGUUCUCUCCCCUAAUGGUACAGAAUCGUGAGGUGUGAUAUCUCAGGAACCCAGCCUUGAGUACAACAGUCAUCCCCACAGGGGACCACACAUGUAGUGGAUCUACCUAAAUCCUGCAUUCUCAUUGGAUAUUCCAUGUCAUGUGAUUGAUAUCUAAACUUUUCAUUGGAUGUACGGAUGGCGAAAGUUGGGGGUGCAUCCUCAUAUGAUUUCAGACAUCAUACAGUUGAAAUAAGGUUUCAUUUAGGAUGUUGACCUGAUGGUAUGCCAAGCUGGUGACCAGAGACGUUUGAUGUACCAAAUGAUCUGUGCGCCAGGUCGAUGACUCGUACCAACAUUCACUGGAUGUUUUAUGAGCUGUACACUGCGGAACUCAAGCUUCAGUUAGGAGCGCUUAUGUGACAUGUGAUGUGGUUCAUUGCUUCCAUGGGAUAUUCAGUGUCAUGUGACUUUAUUGUCGAUGAAUGAUCAUCGGUUCAGUCAUCAGGGGCUUCAGAACGUGCCGACGAGGACACCAGCCGUUUUUUUUCGUAUCUUAUCAAUCAUAGUAAAUGUUCGGGUAAAUUAUCACGUCGAACUAGUGUGGUCAAAAAGGUGACACCUAACGAUCCAAUCAGAAUGUAUGUAUCAACUGUAACAAGCCAAUCAGAAUUACUGUACCAAGUGAUUAUUUUAAAGCAUUUAGUGACCUGCCAAUUAUGUAAUUCCCUUAUUUUAUCUGCCUCACAUGUAUUAGACCUUGUGACCCCUAUGGAGGCAAUGUGGACCAGACCCUCCAUUGUGGAUGGGGCUGUCCAGUGCAGUCCACGGGGAUGACAGGUAGGGGACAUGUCCAGGGUCGUUUACAUCUCUAUAUAUAUAUAUUUAUCUGAUACUAGUCCAGGUGUAGUUCCAUACAUUUUCAUGUUUUAAUUUGUUGACAUCUACGAUCAAAAUAUGGCUACACGCAUGAUAUUAUUACGGUUUUGAGUUGCUGGGCUGUGUUCAAUGUCAACGGAGAGUGUUUUAAUUGUACAAUAAUUGUUGUGUAAAUGUUGAGUAGAAUGCCAAGCUUGCUGUACAUGCCGUUAAUUUAUCAGGGUGUGAAAGGGAUACAUUGUGUAUUUUUGAUUUACUGUAAAAGACUUCGCAUUAAUGAGUCACUACUGUUCAGGCCAUGGGUGUGUUGUCAAUAUUUUGACACUCAACCGAUGAAAAUUCUAAAAUCUUAUGUGCGCUACCAUGUAUUUAUGUGUGAUAUGGUCAAUGUUUUGAGACUCGGCGAGUUGGGACAGUUUAACUAGUUGUGUGUAACAAGGGUUUUUAACCGACAUCCAGUAAAGUAUAGGCAUGUAUUCCACCAUUCCAUCAUAAUGUGUUGAGAUUCCUUUGCUUCAGAAUCCCUACAUUAGCCUCAACAUCAUAUGUUUUAUGUUCAAGACAUUCUACUUCAAAUUGUCAUCUAUGAGUUAUUUAGGUGUGUACUCAACCAUAUAGCAUGUGAAUACAAGGAAACAUUGUCACAUUUUGAAUCUAAAGUAUUUGUAAAAAAAAAAAAAAAAAGUAAAUCAUGUUUUUCGAGUGAGCGACAUGGGUCCUUUAGGCCUGUUUCAGUGCGAGGUUCUCUGCGGAAUCCCAGUCUGUUCCUGGAACAAUCCAUCUGCUCCAAAGAUGAAAAUCAUUGCCUGGCUGGCUCCAGUGUUCUAUAUAACGGGUGACUCUCUGACAUUUACUGCCAAUUUUCAAUUCUCAGAGUUUAGGGCAGUAUUGAAGCUCCUCCUCAAUAUCUGUCGUUUACCAGUCUCUAGGUGGUGCCCAAGCUGUGCUUCAUGAAGUGACUUGAAGAAUUAUGCCCAUUUACGAGGAUUAUAUUUGUUAUUGACAUAAUUGUAUUUUUGGUUGUUAUGUAAUAGCAAUAUCUGACCCCUUUGUUGUAUGUUUGAACUCGAUUUCGAACACACGACAAUGCAUUGAGUACCAUACAAAUGUGCCUGAAACUGAAAGAGUGCUAAGGUAUCUGUUAAUUUAAAAAUUUUCAAAAAGUUCUCGGAUGUAACGGCGGUAAGGUGAAAGUGUAGUUGUUUUGGAUGGCUGGUGAGUGUAGGUAUAUAUAAGAAUUCGCUCCAGCUAUGUGUAAAUGUGAGUUGACUGUGGCAUUGGUGUUUAUGUGCGAGUUAAAUGCGCGGGAGUCGACUGUGGCUUUGUUUAGAUGUGAGAGCCGUCUGUGGUGAUGUAUAUUUGUGAAGAGUCGGCUGUGGUUUUGUGUAUAUCAGAGAUUUGAUUGGCUUUGGGUAUUCAUGAAAAUUCUCAUGGGAGUCUACUAGCUUGUAAAUGUCAUCACUUUGCUCCAUGACAAGGACACUCCUUAAUGGUACAGGUUUUGUAUCAUUUAAUACCAAUACUUCAGCAGAGAUAUUCACAUUUAUAAAAAUUCAUGGUAACGGGGUACAUAGUAAUUUAAUUUCACAUCUUUUUGCUUCUCAUUUCGUCACAAUAUGCUGUCGAAAUGGAACGUUUUGGAAGACAAUUUUUAACAGUUUUAAUAUUGAAAUUAAACCUUAACAAAUUUUGUCCUAUUAUGCUUUCUGAUUAUGCAAUUUAUAGAUUCUAGUAGGCUGCGACAAGUAAGAAAGAAACCAUAUCGCCAGAAAAGUUAUCACCUAGCAGUAUUACAAAGCCUACACUGGCCGACUAAUGGUAGAUGUCCUUAGACAAUCUUACUGACAAAGCUAUGUGACAGUCAUUUUAAACCGUAGUGAUGAAAAAAGAGCCAAAAUUAAAUGUCAUGUUCGGUAAAAGGUCGUUAAUCAUUUAAACAUCCCCCAGAAUGGCCAAAAAUGAAAUAUUAAACUUCCUUUUCUGAUAUGACAACUGAUUUCAGGAGGAAUCAAGAGUUAAUUGAAAUGCCAAACCAAAUGAACUUUUUCCAUGGCAGUUAGUUUCAAUGAGAUUGUCUGCUGUUGAUUGCUGUCUGACAUAGUACAAUAUGUACGGUUCAUACAUUUUAAUGAUUUAAAAUGAUAUUACGACACAAAUUAAAAGUUGGUUCAAAUGCAAUAUUAAAGAUUCAAUACUGUUGUCCUUGACGGCUUCAUGUGUGUCCUGUGUUGUGCUGCAGAGGGUGGUUGAAUGGUUCGUUCAGAUGAAAUGAGAGUGUGGGCCGUUCUGUUGUGUCAAAGUCUAGAUCUGCUCUAUUUAUUAAUCUGUGUCAUAUGCAUUGUGUGUUCCUCCUUCACCCACACUUUUGGAAGUUUGGAAGAUUUGUAAGCUGAGUUGUGAAAGGCAACAAGAGUUUGAUUGAGCCUGACAACCCGUUUCUAGAUAGUCCUCAUGUUUGGAUAUGGUCGCAAUGUACUGGGACGUCUUUCACUCUCUUAUUUAGAUUUCAUCUUGUUGUAGAUGGAUCUGAUCGAUUUCAAAAAGGAAUAAGAAAACUGCCAUGCAUUCUCAUAUUGGGUAGCCAGCCGGAUGAUAAGAUUUAAUAAAAUUUACACAUAUUGUCAGACGCAUGUGGAAACGAUGAAAUGUGAUCUCUGAGACGGCAUAGUGAUGUGGAUGACAGAAAUUGGAUGUGGAAGGUUGUGUGUUAUAUAUCUACAUUAAAUACUUAGAUUAAAUGUUUGAGAUGACUCAUAUUUAAUAUUCGUGUCUAUUAACAUGAUCAUCAUAGACAUUAUAUAUGAAAUAAAAGAUGUAUUUGAUGAAAUCUUACUCGCUCAACACUUAUCACUGUAAGGAUAUGUAUGGUAUACAAAACAUAUUGAUCCUGGGUUUUGUUGCUGGACAGUUGUAUUGAAGGUCAACUGGAGUGGUAUUCAUGUACAAUUUUAUACAUCCAUGUCUCAGUCCAGGUUUGGGCAAAGAUCAAAGCAAAACUGUUUUCACAGAAAGAAGAGUUCCAAAUUAUCCAUUAUAGUAGUGUUCCUUUCCUUCCCUAGAUUACAGAAUGGACUGUACCUUCCAUAGAUUUAGAUGGAUCUAUAAUGUGACAUGGGGGGAAAGAUAUAUAUAUAUAUCAAUUUAAUUUUUUAAAGAAAUUUAAUGUUAUUGAACUCUUCUCUUUUUGAAAAACAGAUAUAGUGUUUAUAAAAAAAAUGGUCUCGAGCUUCCUUAAGUGGUAUAGAGAGUAAAGUUGUCUCCUGGUAAAAUAUAUUAACUAUAUAUGAUAUACUGUACUGUAGAAAUGUGUUUUUUUUUCUCUUUUCUUGGUGAAAUUCAUGACUUGUUUUUAAAAAAGACCAGGGUAAUUUUUACUGUAUAGCUAGCCCUGAUGUACCUGUAACUUGUAAAUGUGUAUAACCGGGAAAUAUACCUUAAUUCAGUUGGUGGAUAAAAACUAUAUAUAUAUACUACAUUCGUCGAACCUCCCAACCGUGGCACAAGUAUUGAUUCAAACAAUGUGUAUGCCAAAAAGAAAGCAAAAAUAUUGAAUAAAUUUUGUUUUUAAAUAAAUGUCAUCGAGCUAAACUGAAUUCAAGUUUGAGCCAGUAAAACUGGUUCAGGACUAUUAUAUAUAUAUAUGUAACCAUGUGUGCUAUACUGAAAAAAGUGAACGUACAUAUGGUUUGAAUCAAUAUUUGUGCAUGCAUGGAGUCUUGGUGAAAAAUUAGUGGAUUCUCUAUCACUUUUAUGUGCAUCAUAUAUUAAAAUGUUACUAAGUAAGAUAAGAUCUAUAACUUCAUGUUCACUGUGUUGUAUGGACAGUUUCUUCUGGUUGUCCCAGUAUUUUCCCGUUUUAAGUGUAGAGUUAUUCCCCUUUUAUAAGAAAUGAUACUGCCAUUGUUUUCUUUUUAACCAAGUAUAAACGAAACUCUUGUGGAAGAGGUGAUAUUCUUCUAAGUUUUUAACGUAUUUCCACUUUUUAUCCUUACAUUAUCAUUAACUGUAAGCCUUAAACUAUUUUAAAGUGAUAUUGAUGUGUAACAGUAGUUUCUUCAGCAUCAACCAAAUAAUAUUUAAGCUAGACGAUUUAAAAUGACUUGCUUUUCCUCUUACAUGAUUCAGGGAGUUGUUUUAGUUAUCAACUAAAACUUAAAGUGCAAUGAAAACCUGUGGAGAAAAGGAAAUAAAUCAUAACUUUACCCUUUCACCCCUAUGUAACUUUAAUAGACUCUAUCAUGCAUUGAUCUUGAUGAGUUCAUUAUGGUCUACAGUGGUGAAAGUGUUAACUUAAGCUAAGGACAGUUUGUGAAACUGAAACCAGAAAUACACUAGGGAAGCUGUUCUACUCUGGUACUCGAUAUUUGGAGAUGGCCGCAGAUGUAUGCAUAGUUUUCCGGCAUAAAUUAAAUAUUCAUUAUUCCACUGAAGAUAGGAGGAACAGCAAGUUUUAAAGGAAUUGUGUGACAGUUAUGAACCACACUUGACCACUGUAGGUAGGGGUAGGACGUAAUGUUAGACUAUAUCAUAGAUAGCAUGUGACCUUAUAUUCUACACACGAGACAUAGUGUAAGCAGGUAGUAGUACUCAUAUAUGAAAUGAAAUGCAAAUGUCAGGAGGUGCGUGGAGUUUGUUUCUUCUGUAGAUAAUUUAUUACUUUCUUUUACACAUUGUUAAUGAAUUCAAUUUCAUACGGCUGCCUUACUUAAUGGUUAGGAUAAAUGAGGUUGAAAAAAUAAGAAUUAAGAAAAAACAUUUUUUUCUUCUGACGAAGUGUUUUCUGUCUUAAGUGUUUCUCACCACACCUGUAUGUGUCAACAAAUAUUGACUGAAAAUGUCAUCAAACAGAGUGAAGAUGUAGCAAAAAUCACCUUUUUGUUAACAUUUUAUUUACUGUUGACAUUUAAGUUUGUUGUGUUCACAUGUUAUGUUAACAUCGUCAACAAAGUUUAUACGCUAUGUUGACAUUUUUCAUGUAAGAAUGUUGACAUGGCAGGUAUUUAAGGCUGUAUGCUACCUUUCGAAUUAUACCUCAUUUUGUUUAAGAGUUUUUUUCCCUUUAAACAAUUGCAUAAACUCCUGAGUGUUUUCCAUGCAUUCUUGUGUGACCUUUCAAUAUAUUGUGUCAUUAAGUUAAUGAAGUGAGUCAAUAUUCCCAGGGUUUUCUUGGUGUGCAACUUUUAUGGAAAGGAGGUAAACGUUACUGUAAAUGUAGCAUACAGCCUUAAGUGAGAUGCUGUGUAAUUAGAUGUUGUUCUGUGUUAGAGGCUGUUCUGUCAGUGUAAACACUACACUUUAGACAGUGGUAACACUUACACUCAGUGGUAUCAUUAGUGUAAUCAAUGAUUAUACUUCUCUCAGUUUGUAAAACAUCUCUGUGUCCCCAAACACACAGAGAAGUUGCAUGCUGAAACACUGCUGUUUUAAAUCUCUGUCAGUCGUGGAGAGUGACUGCGGUAUGGAAUCACGAGAGCGAGAUGAACAAGAUUUGAAUGUUCAGGGGAGAGAGAAUGAAGUGUAGAAUGUGAGAUUUCCCUUGACUAGUGUGUAACACGCUUUAAGUGUCAGUGGUGCACACCUCCGUACGGAACUAUAGUGUAUGUGUGUAACAGUGUAUCAUGUUAUUAUUGUAUGUACUUUUGUAUUAUACACGCUAUUACACAUGUAAAAAUCAUGGUAUAAGUCAUACCAAUAAAUAAGAUUAUAAACAACAAA